AUCGUCUUCGCUGAGACCAUUGUGAAUGGCCUCUACGAAAAUACAAGUUUCAAUAACAACACUGACAUUUAGCGAUCUACAGAUUAAGACAUGUAUUUUAUUAUAGCACAACUGAAAAGUUGUAAAUUUGUGUAGCCGAAAAAAGAAAUAGAUUUAUCAUAAGACUUGUGUGCAUCUUAGUUCAAAUUCAAGUAUUUUCAUUUAGUUAAAUUAAGUUACAUACGAGCGUCAAACGUUCGAUAAUAUUCACGAUAAUAAAUUUUCAGCUCAACAUUUUCAUAAUUUUAAUCUACCACCAGCGAGUCUGAUAGGAUUGCAACAAAAAAAGAAAUUCGAUUGCAACACUUUGCAAAUAAAUCGAUGUCCAAAUUAUAUAUGUGCCGUACAAAGAACGCUAGUCAGCUGUUUUGAGAUUGGAUAAAAAAAGGAGAGAAUACUACAGCCGACUCGUGACGCUAUUUGCAGUGUUUUUUAAAAAUGUUUUAAAGCUUUUGUUCAGCUGGAGAGUGUAUUUAAUUUUUUUGACAGUGCAAAAUUGUAAAUUAGAAAUGUUGGCAGAAAUGUUCUCAUGAAAAUGCAGUCGAAUUUUAUAUGAGUGAAAAAAAAAGAAAGUGAAAAUACAUAGAAAGGUCAGUGUAAGAAAUAAACUGUCACAUUAAAUCGAAGUGUGUGUAAAGUAGUCUAACGAUUAGAAGCAAUACAUUGUCAAAGAACAUGGGUUCAAUGACUAAUUGCAUCGAUAACAGUCCGAGAACAUAGUGUAAUUACUUGAACGAACGCAUUUUGACUGAACCAUUUGGUGACGGCAAUUCGACAUUCAACAACAGAAAGCACAGUAUCGAGUAACACGGAGGUCGAUAUAUAUCAACAACAUCAACAAUAAAAAAAAAAUACUCAUUGAACCAAAUAUAAAACUGAGAAUAGUAUCAACGAAAACGCACAGAUAGCUAGAGUAUUCGGUGAAAUGACACACUUUCGGCCGAUUUGUUUAAUGCCAUUAUCCGUUUCAAACAAUAGCAGUGCUGACAAAAUAGUGAGCGUACCACCGCUUAGACAGAAAAAUGUAAAAAAAGACAUCUUGAAAAUUUACAAACCAAUUAAAACAAAAUUUCGUAAGAAAUUAACGUCGGUGCGUCGCAAGUCGGCGUUUGUAAUUUUUCAAGCCAUAAAACCAUUACUGAAUGCCGGUAAAUUAUUGACUGGUGGCACAAGUGUAGGUGCAAAAGCGACAAUAUCAAAACCAUUGCUGGCCGAGGCAGAUAGUCAAUCGGAAGCAACACAGGAUAUGUUUGAUACGAGCACAUCGUCAGAAGAGCUACGAAACAAUGAUACCACCACCACAAGAACCAUUGCAAACAAUGGACGAUCACAGAAAACUGCAAAAACUGUACAAACACGUAAAACGUCUAAAUGCUGUGAUUCAACAAGAACGCGCAGUAAUCGCGAAAAAAUGUUACAAGAAAAAGAAGACUUUCAAUUAGCAAAAAUGUUACAGGAAUGCGUUGGCACAACGGACGACGCACCGUCACGAUAUUCAUUGCGUAGUCGAAACAAAUCGUCCGUAUCAUCGUUAUCAUCAACAUCAUCAUCACAAGAAUUGUUUCAUAGCAAAGGAUAUUCGGUGGGUGCAACGCCAAAAUUUAAAAAAACAAUACCAUUCGGUGCAGAUACCACAAAAGAUUCAACGGUCGCACGUGGCAAUUCACAACGUAACAACGAUGAGAAAUUCAUCGAUUUUAGCUUUCAAAAAUUGACUCGAAGCCGACGUAUCGCAAUGACAAUGACCGGCGUAUGAACAUAAAACAUAUUCAAUCCGUCGCUCAUUUAGUAUCGAAGCAGUGCAAAUGGAAACUUAAUUAAUAGAUAUUUUUUUGUAUUUUUUCUCUUGUUUAUCACUUUAUACGUAGGAUAUAUUCAAAAUUAUCUUUAUUUUUCGAAUUGAAGAGAAACAUUUACUUUGUAUUGACAUUUAUAAUAUUUAAAAAAAACACACACAAAAAAAUUCGUAUAUCAUGUAGAUCGCUGCAUUUGCCAACAAGUGCAUUGGUUGUGCUCAUUUUCAUAUUAAUUCUUAAAAGAAACAAACAAAAAUCAUUGUAAUAAAUAUGUCAACAUA